AUGGCGAUGUUUGGCAAAUGGCUUUUUAGUAGCUUUUUGGUUACUUUUUGGCUUUUGGCUUUUUUUAUGAGGUUACUAGAUACCCUACAGGCUUUGAUUCCAAAAAAUUGUGAACCAAAACCUAUUGUUCAGAUUAAUAGGGAGAAAGAGAGGGAAAAGGAGAGGAUAGGAGGAGAGUCGUGGAAACCGAAGCUGAAUUCGAUUUAUUCGUCGUUUUCAUCGUUGUAUUCGGAUGUUGGGGUUAGUAAAGGAGGGCAGACUAGGAAGGGAAGAGGGAAUGAGAGUGCUGAGGUUAAGAUGGAGCUUAAGAUUAGCUGUGCUAAGGCACUUUGGAUGCUUGCUAAUGAUAGUGUUGCGAACAGUCAUAGGAUUACUGAGACAAAAGGGUUGCUUAGUUUGGCUAAGUUGAUUGAGAGAGAAACAGGGGAGUUGAGGAAGAUUUGUGUAAUGGCUGUAAUGGAGAUUACAUUGGCUGCUGAAUCGAAAGCUGACCUUCGAAGGUCGGCUUUCAAGACGAGUUCCCCUGCUGGUAAGGCAGUGGUGGUGCAGCUUGUAAGGGUGAUCAAAGAGUCUAGUGAUCCUGCUUUGCAAAUUGCAGCUAUAAAAUCAAUUGGAUGUCUUUCUAGGACAUUCUCUGCAAAAGAGACUCGAGUAAUCGGGCCUUUGGUUGAGCAGCUUAGCAGUAAUAAUCAUGAGGUUGGUACUGAGGCUGCUGUUGCUCUAGCAAAGUUUGUUGAUCCGGAGAAUUUCCUGUGUCAUGAACAUUCUAAGGCGAUCAUCGAGUUUGAUGGGGUAGUUCCUUUGUUGAGAUUGCUUAGGGAAAGCGAGAGGGCUCAAGUAAAUGGAUUGGUUCUCCUUUGUCACCUUGCUAUAAACGCUGGCAACAGCGAGGCAUUAGAACGAGCUAGGCUUCUGACCGCCCUAGAGGGGACUGAUCGAAAUCUUACUGCUCAGUAUCCUCAGUUGAGAGAAUUGAUUGUCAAGGCUAUGUACCAUCUUGGUCUCUACCAUGGAGAUGCUCAUCCUCUUAGGUUACUAGAUACCCUACAGGCUUUGAUUCCAAAAAAUUGUGAACCAAAACCUAUUGUUCAGAUUAAUAGGGAGAAAGAGAGGGAAAAGGAGAGGAUAGGAGGAGAGUCGUGGAAACCGAAGCUGAAUUCGAUUUAUUCGUCGUUUUCAUCGUUGUAUUCGGAUGUUGGGGUUAGUAAAGGAGGGCAGACUAGGAAGGGAAGAGGGAAUGAGAGUGCUGAGGUUAAGAUGGAGCUUAAGAUUAGCUGUGCUAAGGCACUUUGGAUGCUUGCUAAUGAUAGUGUUGCGAACAGUCAUAGGAUUACUGAGACAAAAGGGUUGCUUAGUUUGGCUAAGUUGAUUGAGAGAGAAACAGGGGAGUUGAGGAAGAUUUGUGUAAUGGCUGUAAUGGAGAUUACAUUGGCUGCUGAAUCGAAAGCUGACCUUCGAAGGUCGGCUUUCAAGACGAGUUCCCCUGCUGGUAAGGCAGUGGUGGUGCAGCUUGUAAGGGUGAUCAAAGAGUCUAGUGAUCCUGCUUUGCAAAUUGCAGCUAUAAAAUCAAUUGGAUGUCUUUCUAGGACAUUCUCUGCAAAAGAGACUCGAGUAAUCGGGCCUUUGGUUGAGCAGCUUAGCAGUAAUAAUCAUGAGGUUGGUACUGAGGCUGCUGUUGCUCUAGCAAAGUUUGUUGAUCCGGAGAAUUUCCUGUGUCAUGAACAUUCUAAGGCGAUCAUCGAGUUUGAUGGGGUAGUUCCUUUGUUGAGAUUGCUUAGGGAAAGCGAGAGGGCUCAAGUAAAUGGAUUGGUUCUCCUUUGUCACCUUGCUAUAAACGCUGGCAACAGCGAGGCAUUAGAACGAGCUAGGCUUCUGACCGCCCUAGAGGGGACUGAUCGAAAUCUUACUGCUCAGUAUCCUCAGUUGAGAGAAUUGAUUGUCAAGGCUAUGUACCAUCUUGGUCUCUACCAUGGAGAUGCUCAUCCUCUUAGGCAAGCUUCGCUGCGUAUAUAA